AUGUCAGUGCAAAUAGCCUUUGAUAAGGUAAAAGGAAGACAACAAGCUCUUUCCCUUUCCAACAAUUUAAAAAUAACUCUGGCUCUUGAAUAUGCUUCUAAAGAUUUCAAGAUUGCAGUUAAUGAAGAGUUGGAGGGCCCACAGUUGAUCAAUGGCGAUAAUUUACGUCUAAUUGACACUGAUGCUAUACUGAGAUAUAUCUUGAACGAUUUUGAAGGUCAAAGAAGCGAUGAAUACCACUAUGCUUUGUCAUCACUAGAGAGCUUGUUCCAAAAGAAUGACAUUCCAGAACAGCAUGUCGAAGCAUGUGUUUCUAAAUCACUGGACAACUACUUGUUAUCAUUGGAAGAACCCUUAUCGGCUACCAGAUUGAUCACUUUUGCAAAUACUUACGCUUUGAGACCAGAAUUGGUGCAAAAGAAGUUCUCUGAAUUGCCAAAGAAAAUCACUGAUGCUCUACAAGCUUGUAAGAAACUUUCACCACGCAGCUCAGAAGAUUUCAAGAGAACUGGCGCAGUCAAUGUGACCAAUGACUACAAGGUCAAAGAACAAGACAAAGAAAUCCUGCCAAAGGAGAAUGAAAGGAAUGUUUUGAUCACAUCUGCUUUACCAUAUGUAAACAACGUUCCACAUUUGGGUAAUAUUGUUGGUAGUGUCUUGUCCGCUGAUAUUUUUGCUCGUUACUGUAAGGCAAGAAACUACAACACCUUGUUUAUCUGUGGUACUGACGAAUAUGGUACUGCCACUGAGACUAAAGCUCUAGAAGAAGGCGUCAGUCCCCGUGAACUAUGUGACAAGUACCACAAGAUUCAUAGCGACGUCUACAAGUGGUUCCAAAUUGGUUUUGAUUAUUUCGGUAGAACUACAACAAACCAACAAACUGAGAUUGCUCAAGAAAUCUUUACAAAAUUGAACAACAAUGGUUACCUAGAAGAGCAAACCAUGAAACAAUUGUUCUGUCCUGUUCACAAGUCCUUCUUGGCUGACAGAUUUGUCGAGGGUGUUUGUCCAAAAUGUCACUACGAGGACGCUAGAGGCGACCAAUGUGACAAAUGUGGUGGCUUGCUGGAUCCAUUCGAACUAAUUAAUCCGCGUUGUAAGCUGGAUAAUGCUACUCCAGAAAUCAGGUUCUCCGACCAUGUUUUCUUGUCGUUGGAUAAGCUUGAAGGAAGUGUCGCUGACUGGGUCAAGAAAUCAUCCGUGGAAGGUAACUGGUCAAAGAAUUCAAAGACUAUCACCAACGCUUGGUUGAAGGAUGGUCUUAAGCCACGUUGUAUCACAAGAGAUCUUAUCUGGGGUACGCCUGUCCCAUUGGAGAAGUACAGUGACAAAGUUCUUUACGUUUGGUUCGAUGCUACUAUCGGAUACCCUUCCAUCACAGCGAACUAUACCAAGAAAUGGGAGCAGUGGUGGAGAAACCCAGAUCAUGUCAAACUAUAUCAGUUCAUGGGUAAGGACAACGUUCCUUUCCAUACGGUCAUUUUCCCUGGUUCGCAACUAGGUACUGGUGACAAAUGGACUAUGCUGCAUCACUUAAAUACCACUGAAUACUUGCAAUACGAAGGCGGGAAAUUCUCUAAAAGUAGAGGCGUUGGUGUUUUUGGUAACAACGCACAGGAUUCAGGUGUCUCUCCAAGCGUGUGGAGAUACUAUUUAGCAGCUGUGAGACCUGAGAGCAGUGAUUCCCACUUCUCUUGGGACGAUUUCGUCGCUAGAAACAACAGUGAGUUACUGGCCAACCUCGGUAACCUAGUUAAUAGACUGGUGAAGUUUGUCAACGCAAAAUAUAAUGGUGUGGUUCCAAACUAUAACAUCAAGAACCUUGCCAACUUCCCAACUUUGAAGAAAGACAUUGACGAGAUCUUGAGCAGCUACAUUGACGAAAUGGAACUGGGCCACGAAAGGCGUGGUUUGGAAAUCGCCAUGUCAUUAAGUGCUCGUGGUAACCUAUUCCUACAAGAAAACAAGCUGGACAACACCUUGUUCUCUGAGCACCCUGACAAGGCAGACGCCGUCGUUGGUGUUGGUCUAAACAUUGUCUACGCCGUCGCAUCAGUCGUUGGCCCUUUCAUUCCUGAGACUGCUGAGAAGAUUUACAAGAUGUUGAAUGCUCCAGCUCUAAAGAUUGACAACGAGUUCCACUUGGCCAUUUUGGGUGGUCACAACAUCAGCAAGGCAGAAUACUUGUUCCAGCGUAUUGAUGAAAAGCAGAUUGAACAAUGGAGACAGAAGUAUGGUGGUAAACAAACCUAA